CUGCCGAGGGUGGCCGUGCAGGUACCCACCUCACAUGUCGCCGCUGCCACCACCCCUGCCGGCCCGGGGAGCGGGGCAGCGGAGCUCACACACGGGCUGACGACAGCGGAAGCCGCGCGGCGGAGCCGGGCCGGGCAGAGGCGGUGCCGGGCCGGGCAGAGGCGGUGCCGCCCCGCCUGCGGCUCCCCGCGCUCGGCUGCCCAGCCCAGGACAGGACAUCCCAGCCGUGCCCCUUCCGCAUGCGGGAGCAGCGAGGGAGCUGGGUCACCCCGCACCGCCAGCAUGUCCGCCCGCUGCUGCGCCGGCCAGUUGGCCUGCUGCUGUGGUACUGCUGCUUGUUCCUUGUGCUGCAAAUGCUGCCCAAAGAUAAAACAGUCAACCAGCACCCGCUUCAUGUACGCACUUUACUUCAUCCUGGUGACUAUCAUCUGCUGUGUCAUGAUGUCAACAACCGUAGCUAACGAAAUGAAAAUGCACAUUCCAUUCUACAAGGAGAUGUGCAAGGGUAUUCAGGCGGGCGAGAUGUGCGAGAAGUUGGUGGGAUACUCUGCAGUGUACAAAGUCUGUUUUGGAAUGGCCUGUUUCUUCUUUUUAUUCUUCUUGUUCACCAUCAAAAUUAACAGCAGCAAAAGCUGCCGAGCAUACAUUCAUAACGGAUUUUGGCUUAUUAAACUUAUAGUUCUGGCAGCAAUGUGCUCAGGAGCCUUCUUCAUUCCUGAUCAGGACACUUUCCUCAAUGCCUGGCGCUACGUAGGAGCAACAGGAGGGUGCCUUUUCAUUGUCAUUCAGCUCAUCCUGCUGGUUGAGUUCGCACACAAAUGGAAUAAAAAUUGGACUGCAGGUGCAAACCACAAGCAAGUGUGGAGCGGUUUGCUUGCCUUGGUCACUCUCAUCUUGUACUCCAUUGCUGUGGCAGCCCUGGUCCUCAUGGCUCUCUUCUACACUCGCUCAGAGGGCUGCAUGUACAACAAGGUCCUGAUUGGAGUUAACGGGGGCCUGUGCCUCUUUGUGUCACUGGUGGCCAUAUCGCCCUGUGUCCAGAAUCGUCAGCCCCACUCUGGUUUGCUGCAGUCAGGAGUUAUCAGCUGCUACGUCAUGUACCUCACUUUCUCAGCACUAUCCAGCAAGCCACCAGAAACUAUCCUGGAUGAAAACCAUCGGAAUAUCACAAUCUGUGUACCUGAAUUCAGUCAAGGCCUGCAUAGAGAUGAAAACCUGGUUACUGGCUUGGGUACUACGAUUUUGUUUGGCUGCAUUUUAUAUUCUUGUUUGACCUCAACAACACGAUCAAGUUCAGAGGCACUGAGAGGAAUAUAUGCAACAGCUGAAACUGAAGUAGCUCGAUGCUGCUUUUGCUGUGUACCUGAUGGAGAUGCUGAUGCUGAAGAUCACAUUGAAAAAAGAGGAGGCCAGACUGUGGUUUAUGAUGAGAAGAAAGGCACAGUGUACAGUUAUGCCUACUUCCACUUUGUUUUCUUCCUGGCUUCGCUCUACGUGAUGAUGACAGUAACUCAUUGGUUCCAUUAUGAAAGUGCUCAGAUUGAAAAAUUCUUCAGUGGAACCUGGUCCAUCUUCUGGAUUAAGAUGGUCUCCUGUUGGGUUUGUGUCUGUCUGUACUUAUGGACUCUUAUUGCUCCACUCUGUUGCCCAACUAGAGAGUUCUCAGUGUGAACAGUCAAAAGGUCAUUCUAAGUUUUCCUCUGGUUUGGGGUUUGGUUUUUUUUUUUUUUUUUUUCGUGUUUGUUUGUGUUUUUUGGUGGGUUUGUUUUUAUUUUGUUUUUUUUUUUUGGAAUGAGGAAACACGUAUCCCAUUUAUCAUAGCAUACCAGCUAGUAUCUUUUCAGUCAGACUAAAUGAAUGAUUGAAAACGUUUUUUACCUUUUUUAUUAUCAUGAACAAGCAUUACCCAAGGGAACAAAUCUGUUCCAGAACUGUAUAAUGCUCGUGUGGUAUGUAGGAAACACAAUUCUUGCAUGAACUGGAAUAAGUGAAGUGCUUUUCAAAUAACUGACAAUCUUUCUCUGGCUUCAUUGACAAGAAAAGCGAAAAUCGUGGUGCAGAUGUAUCUUCUUUCUUCCUGUAAAUGUUGGGUAUCUUCUAGCAAAUAUGCAUUCCUUUUUAUACUUUUUCAUUAACUACAUCUUUUACAGUUUGCAGUGAUGAUUUGGAAUGCUGUUUUGUACAGCAAAUAAUUCUUGUAAGUAGUAUGCAGAUUUUUUUUUCCAAAAACGUAUCUAAAUACUUCAGUAGAAGUAAGAGAAUAUAUAAGAAUUUGAUUGCCAAAGCAUCUACUAAAAAUUGUUUAUCAACAUAUUAAAUAUAUUAAGUUAUUGUACACCUAGAUUGAGAAAGGAAUCUACCAAUGAUAGUAUUUAUUCUAUUAUAACUUUAAAAGGCACCUGGGUAUUAUAUGCAAUUUAUAUCUAGUCCAGUUAUUAACUGGAGGGGAGUUAUACACACAAAUUCUCAUUUUGCCCAAAUUUGCUUUGCCAGAUCAUUUAAAAGUUGAGUGUACUGCAUGGGGAUUUAAAAUACGGUACAUUCUUUAUUCACAAUGUUUGCUGUUGAGAAAAUGCUAAUUACAGGAGCACUGUCAGUUGCUGUUAAAUUUAAAAGUAGGGUGCUUGCUUACGUUUCUACCCUGCUGUUUCAGCUUGUGUGUAAAGAUCUCCCAGGAUCUUCAGUUCUGUUUCCAUGACUAAUUUUAUAAUAUUGGUUGGAAAAGGACUAUAGUGUGUCAUCUUCCUUUUCUCCCUGUGUGUUGGUUGGAAAGUAUUUUUUCUAACUGCUAUAUUUUUAUACUCCUCUGUUGAUAUUAAUUUUGCUGUUGGGAUGGGAGUUAGCCAACCAGUGUUUUAACAGAGACAAAACUUCCUUUGGAGAACUCCUAUUCCAAGCAGUGGAAUCGGAGUAAGCAGUCAUUAAAACAAGGAGACACAAAUAUAACAAGGAACUGCCUUAGUACAAAUGACAAUAUUAAACACUACCUUGUCACCCUU